UAUGCUUGAUUCUGCAAUGAUCACAACUUUGCCAAAUACAGGGGAACAGAAGUCACCACGUUUAUUGUGCAAGUGUCAGUUUUUUAACCUUGCAACCACGAAUGAUUUAUAUACAUGUACUAUCUAUUUUGGAAAAAAGAAUAAUGGCUCCUUUACUUAUGCCAACAACGUCUGCUGUUUCCUUAAUAGGUGUUGAGAGGGGCAAAGUCGACUUUCAACAAAUGGGAAUUGAUAAUUUCCACUGCGAACCUGUGUCGUUUAAUAACACUUUUUCCAGUGAAGCAUCUGUGCGAGUAUUUACUUCAGUUAAUCAUGGUAACAAGACAACAGGAGUUCAUGAUCCCGCCUUUAUUUGGGUAGAAGAUGUGACAACAAGUGGUUUUAAGACCUGUCUAGUGCAAGCUGGUCGAGGAACUGGGGUGAACACAACCAUCGAUUGGUUUGCAUUCCAAGGUUCCCAAUCAGGAGUUUAUCACGGAGAGACCACUUUUAGCCUGUUUACUACUGGAACAAAAUGCAAUCAACUGGCCUUUUCCCAGGCCUUUUCUGCAGUGCCUAAAGUUCAAGUUACUGUGAAGCAUAAAACUCCAAACCAAAAGCAGGACGCCAUGAGUGUUUGGAUUGAAAAUGUCACCACAAGUCAGUUUGAAGUUUGUUUAAGAGAGUCAAGGACAUUUGAUGGACCCCACAGUAAUCUCGCGGUGAACUGGAUGGCAUACGAGAAUUACCCGUCGUCGUGGGCCGUUAAAGAGUCCUCGGAGAUCGUAUUUUCUGAAAACGAGGUACCAACUGCAGGGAACAAUUAUGCGUUAUGCAAGAGUGUGAACUUUACCAGUCCAUUUUACGCACCACCUGUUGUACUCACAACAGUUGUUAAUGGCGGCAGUAACAGUGCCAGCCUCGCUUGUCCACUGAAAGAUCCUUUAAGCAGCUGGCUGGAGGAAGUGACGAAUUACCACUUUCGAGUGUGCAUCAAAGAUGACGCGGGCUACGAUGGCCAGAGGGAUAUUGUACAUGUAGACUAUUUGGCUAUAGGAGAUCUUGAUCCCUGCGGAAAUGCGACCUGCAAAUACCACAGUCACUGUGUGUCCAUAGCUCCACACCAGUUUGCUUGUCGUUGUAAGGACAACUGCCCGUCAUAUGAAGAACAGGUCUGCGCUUCUAACGGUCGCACAUACACCAAUUUAUGCUUGCUAAAACGCGAAAUCUGUCAGACACGUGGAAAUUUUACGCACUAUCAUCCUGGAAGUUGCACAGGUUUUCCACUUCAGAGAGGUAGAAACACGUUUAAGAACAUACCUUCCUGGGAGGAAGAUCAAUGUGACGUCAUCAAGUUUGAACCGUACAUAUUUUACCCGCACCAGAAAAUAUACAUACAACUUACUGUUAACCACUUUAAUUACUCUGAUUCCACAUUCGUACACGAGGCCACUAUACCUUGGGUUGAAAGCGUUAACAUCAGUCAAUUCACCGCCUGUGUUACUCGAGCUGGCAGGAAUGACUAUCCUUCAAAUAGCUUCGCCACAGUUGAUUGGAUAGCCUAUCAGGGUGCGCCGUCUGGGGGAGUAGCAGGAGAAGAAAAGUUCUCUAGCUGGUGGACUGGGACUAGCUGUCGGACGGUCACUCUUCCAAAUGAAAAAUUUUCCAUCCCACCGACGGUAUUUGCCACAGCCGAACACUUCAGAUCAGGUCUGAAGCAUGAUGCUACAAGCGUGUGGCUCGAGGACGUCUCAGCGAGUGCCUUUAAGAUUUGUCUCCGGGAGCUUCAAAACUUUGCAGGAGUUCAUGACGACAUCUCGGUUAAUUGGUUGGUGUUCCAGUCUAUCCAUAAACCAUUCUUUUCAGAACACAGUGACGUCAACUUCCAAAAUAACGUUUUGCCUUCUAAGAAACAUAACUUCGCCUUCUGCCAGGAUGUAAACUUCCUUCGGAAUUACAGCAAAUCUCCAACAGUACUUUUAGCAGCCAAACACUCCAGCGGCGGAGGAAAUGCAGGCGCAGAGUGUAAUGGAAUUGUAAGCUGGAUUGAGUUUAUCACCAAAUCCGGACUUCGUAUUUGCCUGAAAGAGCUGUUUGUUCAACGUUUUGAUCCAAUGACUGUGUCGUAUGCAGUAUUGUCAGACAUUUGUCCGGAUGACUGGAUGUAUUUUAAUGGACACUGCUGGAGAAAGGUGUCUUCUUGUGAUUCGUGGAAUGGUAGUCAGGGUACUUGCGCCACUCUUGGAGCUAAUCUUCCCAGUAUCCAUAGCCAGGAAGAAAAUGUUUAUGUCCAAAAUUUACACGGCGGAGAAAAAUCUUGGUUGGGACUGUCUGAUAUCAACACUGAAGGGACAUUUGUGUGGAGCGAUGGGACAUCUUUUAAUUUUCAGUACUGGGAGAAACACCAACCAAACAACUUUCGCAAUCAGGAUUGCGUUCAUACUCUUGGCUUACGUCAUGAAAACAGGUACAGAUGGAAUGAUGUCAAUUGCACAGACUGCCACAGAUUUACUUGCAAGAAAGAUCACGAUGAAUGCAAAGCAUUCUUGCACGAUUGUCCAGUGAACGCCACUUGUGUAAACAAUGAUGGUUCUUAUUCUUGUCGAUGUGCUGUUGGAUAUCGCUUGGAUGGAAAGAGCUGCACAGAUGUGGACGAAUGUAAUGCCUCUGUCCAGGUCUGUGACGCCAAUGCCACUUGUCAGAAUACCCAUGGGUCUUAUCGCUGUACCUGCAAACCUGGAUUUACUGGAGAUGGCAAAAACUGCAGUGGUGAGAUUAAGGAUGAGUACUAAAGAAUUUGGCCUUGUAGAUGCGGAAGAAAGUAGUUCUUCUAUACCCCCUCGCGGUUGUUAUUAUUAUUCCUGCCAAAUUCGAUUUACAAGAGAUGUGGAAACUUGCCAGAGUGAAAGAUAAACGAAUUAAUAAUAUGUAAUAUAAUAUCAAACUCUAAUGUAAGUUUUGGAACAUGAAGUU